UAUCGAUAGCCAUUAAUCGAAUACAGUUUUAUUUGUUUACUCUUUUUUUUGAGAAUUAUUUUUUUUAAGAAUGUGGGCGCCAAGUAAUGAAGAAACAUAUUUUGCCAAUAUGGACAACAAAAAGAACGUCGUACACAUAAUGCCUAGCGUGGAAAUGCUGGUUACCUUUUGUGCCGACAGGGAUUUAAUGCGCGCCAAAAAAGCUUGUUUACUGUACGCCGAAAAAGUGGAUUUCAAAGAGUUAAUCCAAUUACGUUUGGCCGAGAAAUGCGACCAGCGACGCAUGUACAUCACCACUGUGGACAGCGCAUCCUUUCAAGAACUAAAACAGGAUCAGUCGUUAAAUGUCACAUUCGCUGGAUUUAUGGAAAACGUAGUGCGCAUGCUGCAAGACUGUCAGGCCGGCAAACUAGAGCUGUGCCUAUCCGCUAGAGAAACUAUCGCCGAUCAACAGACUCAUGACUACCUUCUCCAGUUCGUAGAAAUUCGCGCUUUCAAGAAUCUUAUUCAUUUGUGUUUGCCCUGCCGUUCUGCUCCGCUGAACACGGUACUCUUUUACAUUAAUGCAACGCUAGAUGCUACGCAUAAGAAGCUCUUUUUGGUGGAGCAAAACACGCAGCAACUACAAAUGGAAUUAAAUGCACAGAAUGCCCAUAUAGAUCAGCUAAACUCCGAUAACAUCAAACUGCGUGAGGCUUUAGCGGAGAAUACACGUCAACUGAGUGAAAAGCAUUCCGCGGAGCUGAAAGAAAUGCAGCUCAAACUGGAGAAGCUGAACGAGCAGCGCAACAAUGAUUUGGAACGCAGCCGACGUUCGAUAGCUGGACUGCAGACUCAGUUGGAACGAGGGACGUUAGAGAAGGGAGAACUGAAGACAAUGCUAGAGCAAGUCGAGAAGCGCAAUCAGAGCUUAAACGAGGAGCUCACCUGCUGUAAAUCGCGUAUUUGCACGUUGAAAGAGCAACACGAAAAACUUCAUACCGAAUUAGCAGGAGCUAAGAAGCAAGAGCGGAAGUUAGAAUACAAAAUAGAAGACAUAAAACAGCACACACUCGAGCUACAGGAACACAUACAAAAGGGAAACAAGGAGAAGGCUAAUAUUGCGGCUGAGCUGGAGGCUGAGAAGAAGAUUUUGCAUACAAAGCGUCAAGCGCUGGAAAUGGCUUCCGAUGAAAUAGCUAAAGCGAAUCAAAUCAUCCUCAAGCAGUCGCAAGAGCUCCUCAGCCAGAAGAAGACAAUUUCAUGGCGCACCGAGGUGGCGCUACAACAGGAAAAGGCAAUCAAUGAGAAGGAGAAGCUGUUGAGUAUGCGUGAAGAGGAGUUGAGGCAGACACACUUAACUAUACAGCAGCUGCGCGAGGAAAUUCCACAGCAGCUGCAAUCCAUGCGACACUUUGCCCAGGCCCUUGAGGAGAAGUACACGAAUCAAAUCCUCACGCUCAAGGAACAUUUAGCCGGUAAAGAAAACUCUAGCCGCAGAGCUAAUCGCAAAUAGGCCAACUUAUAUUAAAUUAGUUAAUUUUAAGUAUUGUAUAAACAUGAU